AUGCAGGUCAACAAUAGAGAUACCUCAACCUUCCCGAUUCAGGGCCCCAGCCAAAGCGCUCGACAGCCACAAGCAUUAUUUAUUAGUGCAGCUCAAAUGUCUAUGUUUGCACGGGUGACAUCCUAUCCCCCGCUGGGACAAAUCACUUGUAUCCAACCGGCACCGAAGGCAUUACGAUCUGAAGAAGAUGCGCUGCGUUUCACGGUUACCAUCGAGUCCAGCAGCUCACUCCCCACACAAUCAUGGGAAGCGCAGAUCUGGCAUAACAUCACUAGGCCCGAGUGGGAAUCUCUGCCAUUGAAGAAACGUGACACAGAUCAUGCAGCUCUUUUGACCGGAAGUGAUAGCGACUACCACUACCAUCGCUAUGUAUUUUCAGAAGAGAUAUCCCUGCCGGCCGCGGGAGGUCAUGCCCAGUUCACUGUCCGGUUCCGAACUGGACCAGAUACGGAAUGGCAGUGGGCUAAUCAAAAACAUCCCGUCGCUGACGGUGAAAUUGUAUAUAGCGCACGCCAUUCCGAUCUGGACAAGGCUGUGUGCACUGAUGUUGCCGCACGCGCUCCUAGAGAGCAACUGGCGAAGUACAUUGAUAAUCUUCAUGAUGACUUGCAAAUUGAGUCACGGCGUAGUGAGGCUCCUGGAUCGGUCCUCUGGGCAAUUUUGGGUGAUAUAGACGGUGCUCAAAAUGGAUCCUCAAGCAUCAAACGACUUGCGCUUGGCACCCCUUCGUCGGUGGUGAGGUAUCUAUCACUAGUACGUGUUUCGAGCCCAUGGCUGGGUCCUAGACAUGGCAAGGAAAGCUUCCGACUUACCGAGGACGCAAUACUUUGCUCUUUUCUGCGCGAAGAUGGCGUGAAUCUUGUUCUACUGGCUGUUUCCGGAGUCAACGAUGUUUUGACCGUGUUCCAGUCAGGCGAGAACGGCGAGGUUGUGAUCUCCGCAAGGAGUGACGAUUCAGAACCAUCGAAUUUCGAAGUGCUUGUCAGCACCGCAGAGAAUUUCGAAGUUGCCAUGUCAGCAGUAGUUUAUGAGGCACGGAAAGUGGUCAGGCCAUUUGCGGAUGCGGCUCAUCUGGAUUUGGAAGAUUCGGUCCCAUUGUCUCCCCCUGGUGAUGAUAUGGUUCUUGUCGAGAAAGACCCAAGUGUACAGUGGCUUUCUGAGUGGUUUGACGGUCUCACAUAUUGUACUUGGAAUGGACUGGGACAGGACCUCAGCGAGGAGAAGAUCUUGAAUGCCUUGGACUCAUUGAAGGCGAAUGGGAUCAAUAUCGUCAAUCUUAUUAUCGAUGAUGGCUGGCAGACAAACGAUAAUGAAGGGGGUCUCAGUUCAGCCAAGGCUGGAAGCAGAUUGAAGCAUACCGUGGAAGGUAUUCGCCAAGCACAUCCCAAUAUUGAACAUGUUGCGGUCUGGCACGCCUUGCUGGGUUACUGGGGGGGUAUUUCACCAGAUGGAGAUCUGGCUCAAAGAUUCAAAACAAAGCAAGUGAAGAUCAAAGAUCCCGCCGCUAAUGGGCCCAUGGCGGAGAAUCUUCCAGAUGGAACAAUCCUUGCCAUUGACCCCGAUGAUAUUAAAUUGUUCUAUGACGAGUUCUAUAGCUACCUUACAUCUGCCGGUAUCGACUCAGUCAAGACCGAUGCACAAUUCUUCCUCGAUCUCCUCGAGGAUCCAGCGGACCGCCGAAGAUUCAUGACUUCUUAUCAAGAUGCAUUGUCUAUCGCGUCACUCCAACACUUUAGUACUCGGUCAAUAUCAUGCGGGUCAAUGACCCCUCAAAUAAUUUUCCAUUCACAAAUGCCCACCAACAAACCGACACUUCCGUUGCGAAACUCCGACGACUUCUUUCCAGAUGUUGUUCCUUCGCAUCCGUGGCAUGUAUUCUGCAAUGCUCACAAUGCACUACUUACCCGAUAUCUGAACGUAUUGCCAGACUGGGAUAUGUUCCAGACAAGUCACGCAUACGCAUCAUUCCACGCGGCAGCACGAUGUGUAUCUGGAGGACCAAUCUAUAUCACUGAUGAACCGGGAAAACAUGACCUGACCCUGCUCGAUCAGAUGACUGCACCUACCGUAAAAGGAAUCACGGUGAUCUUGCGUCCUAGUGUCAUCGGACGCACCAUAGACAUAUACCACGACUACAACGAAGGACAUGUUCUGCGCGUCGGAAGCUACACCGGUUGGGCCAAAACCGGAAGUGGAAUUUUGGGCCUUUUUAACAUUCAAUCUACGGAGGCGUCGAGCAUAGUCUCGCUGAUGGAUUUCCCGGGAAUUCACGACGACUCCGAAGGCCAGUAUAUCGUGCGCGCACACAGCAGCGGUAAGAUCUCGCACCGCAUGCGGCCAAUCCGGGACUCCUUGGUAUCAGUUGUCCUGGAGCCAAAGGGGUGGGAAAUUCUCACUUCUUAUCCCACCCGAUCGUUCCAGCUGACGGGAAACCACGGCAACAAUGUCAGUCCGACACAUGUGGCUGUGCUGGGCCUUUUAGGAAAGAUGACUGGCGCAGCUGCUGUAGUGAGUUCGGAUAUAUUUGUUGUUGAGAACGGCCGUUUGCGAGUCGAUAUCAGCUUGAAAGCCUUGGGGACUCUGGGGAUCUACUUCUCGGAUCUUCAAAACAGGAGCAUUGAACAGAACUUCAUGGUCAUGAUUCUGGGUCAGCCAAUCCCACGGAAUACAGUGUGGAAGCAAGGUGGAGAGAAUGCUAAUGUGCUGGCAAUUGAUGUAUUGGCGGCAUGGAAAUCCAUGAAGUUGGACAGUGGAUGGAGUAACGAGGCCUCUGUACAGGUUUUUGUGGGUUAA